AGAGAGAAGCCCUACACAAGAACAAGUAAGCAUUGGUGAGGCAGUCCCUUCACUACACUACCACUUCUUCCUUCAGUCUCACCACCAACACCACAGUCAACACCAACACCACCACCACCAGCACCACAACCACUAUUACUGCCUCAAUCAGUCAUGGCUCAAAAGUCGCGUGCCGGCGUGGUCAAGUACGGGAGCUACAAGUAUGAAGACGGGACGCAGUAUGUGGGCGACUGGAACGACAAGGGGCAGAAGCACGGCAUGGGUCACCUGGUGCUGGCCGACGCCACGCGCUACGACGGGGGCUUCGAAGCGGGGCUCUUCAACGGCCUGGGCGUGAUAUGCUUCCCGGACGGAGCAAGGUACGAGGGGGAGUUCAUGCAGGGCUGGUUCCACGGCCACGGCAUCUUCUGGCGCAACGACAAUAUGCGCUUCGAAGGGGAGUUCCGAGGCGGCCGAAUCUGGGGGCACGGUCUGGUGACGUACGCCGAUGGGUCUAAUGGCUUCCCGCGCAACGAGGGCUUCUUCCAGGAUUGCCGGUUCAUGCGCAAGACUCGUUGCCCCCAGGUGAUCCAGCGUGCCCAGAAGGUGGCCCACAUCGCCCGGGCACAGAUGGAUGAAUAAGGCGGUGGCCACAGCAUCAUCUUAAAAGUUAACUCACACUUGGACCUGUAGGAUAGCAGCCACAGCACCAUGUUAACAGAGAGCAUACACACACACACACACACACACACACACACACACAUGGACUAUUUGGUGGCCAUCACAGCAUCACAAAAGAUACACAGUUGUGGGCGUUGAUGUUCUAUGCCUCACGCGCCACACCUGUGCUGGAGAUGGUGUGCUGUGCUUGCCAUCCACCUCUCCAUAACACCUGCUGUCAUAAUAAUAAAUGUACAUAAAUAUUA